AGUGUCACGGGUGCAUGUGUACAAACAACGUGUACCUCUUUCAAUUCUGUGUUCGAAUGUCUAUGUCGUAGACUGUUCCAUCCGGGUAUUUUCUAUUGAUGAUGUAAGUUGCCCGUUGUGAAUUUCCAUCAUUUCUAAAGUAAAGUCAAAAGAUCGAGCCAAUUCACAAAGUAAGCUGAAAUUGAAAAAUAAAUAUGCCUCGUCGACGGUUUGUUCGACUCCGAUAUCGUGCAGAAGAUGUUGGGCUAGUCAAUGCUGAGGAAGAUGCUCCUGCCCCAGCUGUGGUAGCACCUCCCAAAAGCCCAGGCAAUGGACCGUACAAGUGUGAAAUUGUCCAGUGUGCCAAGGAGUUUGCUCGGUGGAAAGACUUGAAACGGCACCAACGGAGCCACCAGUAUGACAAGCUGCACCGAUGUGAUAAAUGCCCUAUGUCCUUCAAUGUUGAAUACAACCUAACCCUUCACAAGGCUACUCAUGAUGUGGAGAACUUGGAGUGUCCAGAAUGCAAGAAGAAGUUCAGCCGUGUGGCAAGUCUCAAGUCACACAUCAUGCUUCAUGCCAAAGAAGAAGUUCUCAUCUGUCCAGAGUGUGGGGAUGAAUUUGGCCUCCAGAGAUCUCUGGAUGAACACCUUCAAGAGCAUGCUAAUGAAUCCAAUGAACCUAAGGAACACACAUGCAAGAUAUGCGGAGAGAAGUUCCCUAUGCAUUACAUACUCAAAGAGCACAUGAGGCAGAAGCACAAACCCAAGUUUAGAUCAGCGGUUAUGAACACAAAGUUUGUGAGACGCACCCCAGAUAGAUCAAAAUUCCAUCACGGCUGUACUUUCUGUGGCAAGUCUUUUAAUAAACCUAGUCAGCUGGAGCGUCAUAUUCGUAUUCAUACAGGUGAAAAGCCGUAUAAGUGCCCACAGUGUGAUAAAGCAUUUAACCAAAAUGGAGCUCUGCAAGUACACUUGACAAAGCACACUGGAACCAAACCACAUUCAUGUGAAUUCUGCGGUCAGAAGUUUGCUCAGCGUGGGAAUUUGAGAGCUCAUAUUGUAAGGGUCCAUGAGAUUAACAGCGAGUUGGAGCAGAGGUACGAGUGUCCACAGUGCUGCUGUAACUUUCGUAAAAUGAGCAGCUUGAAUGCUCAUAUCAGUCGCUUUCACAACAGCGAUGAGGCAUCAAGUCCCUUGCUGUCACUCAAGGCAGCGCUUUCAGCUAUUCAGGAAGGAGCAGAUUGGUUAGACAGUAGUGUGGAUAUUCCAGCAUUAGCUGGUGCCCUGGAGCAACUGAUCAACAUGGUAGAGGAGAAUUCGGGAGAAGGGGAUCCACUGGAUAGGAUUCAGGAAAUCAUAUCUGGUAAUACAAUCAAUACAGACAUCUUACAACAGGCACUGGACAAUAGUGGUGUAACAAGCAAUGUGGUUGAAGGACAGACUGAAACUCCUGCUCCUACUAUCUCUAACACUCAUGUGGCUCCAGCUGUUCCAGAUCUACCCACUGAUACACCUCCUGCUCCUGCCACAGCACCGACGGUAUCAACGGAGGCCACUGUAGCACCAGCUAAUAACCAGCUUAACCAGUUAUUCUCCUUUGUCGCAGAUAUUCUUCAGAGGCGAGUAAUGGUAAAGAGAAGUGCACCAACUGGAAUACGGCUCCAUACCUGUAAUUACUGUCCAAAAACCUUCAAGAAACCCAGUGACCUUGUGCGUCAUGUCCGCAUUCACACAAAUGAGAAACCUUACAGUUGUACCCAGUGUGACAAGACAUUCACUGUCAAGAGUACCUUGAUGAGCCACAUGAAGACACAUGCAGGAGUCAAGGAGUAUAAGUGCAAUGUUUGUUUUAAAAUGUUUGCAACACACGGAAGUCUGAAAAUCCACCUGAGGUUGCAUACCGGAGCCAAACCAUUUGAUUGCCAACAUUGUGAUAGGAAGUUUAGAACGACUGGACAACGCAAAGUGCACAUGCUGUCUCACUUCAAGGAAAAUAGUGAAAAGAAAAGUAGAUCAGCCCAGGCCCGUGCAAAGAAAAUCCCAGACCUAGACCUGCCAGACAUACCACUCCAAGAACCUAUAUUGAUAACAGAUACUGGUUUGAUUCAGCAGCCACCUAGAAACAGCAAUAUGUUCAAUAAUUAUCUAUCAGAUGGGCUACCGCAAAAUACCACUUCUGAUAGGCCUUAUCAAUGUUCAUUCUGCCACAAGUGUUUCAAGAAAUCCAGCCAUUUGAAGCAGCAUGUCCGGUCACACACUGGAGAAAGACCUUACCAAUGUAUGACGUGUAUGAGAUCAUUCAUAUCUUCAGGAGUUUUAAAAGCUCAUGAGAGAACACAUAUUGGCGUGAAGUCCUAUAAAUGUCUUAUUUGUGAUUGUCUCUUUACUACCAACGGCAGCUUGAAACGUCAUAUGUCAACUCACACAGAUGUACGUCCAUUUAUGUGCCCAUAUUGUCAGAAGACAUUCAAGACCUCUGUCAAUUGUAAGAAACACAUGAAGAUGCAUAAGCGAGAAUUAGCUCUUCAGGCCAAACAACAGGAGAAUAUGGACCAGGAUUCAAACCAUGUUCAGGAGAUUCAAAUUAUUGCAGAGCAAGCAAGUAACCUAGCUGAGCACUUAGCAAUAGAACAGGCAUCAAACUCCAUUCUUGCUUUGGCACAAGGUCAGCUUACUGUUGGUCAAGAUGGACUCCAUGCAGCAAAUGCUCUUAAUGAAACAAGUCUUGCUUCUCAAGCUUUAGCGCAGCAAAACCUUGCCCAGAGUAACCUGCUUGCCGAAGGAUUGACCCCUGAAGCUCUUGCUCAGUCUAGCCUAGCUCAGAAUUAUGUAAACGCCUUCAAUCAGCAAACAUUGGAAAGUCUCACAAAUAGUCAAGGUGAUAUCACUGCUGAAAGUCAGAUUAGUCUCCAAACACAACAAAUUCAACAACAGUUGGAGGCAAUUACAGGUCAAUCUGCUUCCUUGUUCUCUCAGACAGCAAAUAUCCAACCGGUCCAAGAGGAACUGCCUCCACCGCCACCACCUCCGCCAGAAGCCAACCGCUUGCCUGCCAAUAAUCCGUCAUCUAUGUUUGGGUCUAAUGAAGGAGAAAAGAAGAUGUAUCCCUGCCACAUGUGCGAAAAAAGUUUCAAAAAAUCCAGUCAUUUGAAACAGCAUAUUCGUUCACAUACAGGAGAAAAGCCUUGUAAAUGCGAUACUUGUGGCAGGUCUUUUGUUUCUGCCAGUACACUGAGAAAUCAUUAUAGAACUCAUACAGGUAUCAAGAGCUUCAAAUGCAACAUUUGUAACACUUCAUUUACAACGAAUGGCUCCCUUGUAAGACACAUGAAUAUCCAUACUGACCAGCGACCCCACACUUGCCAGCAGUGUGGAGAGGCAUUCCGUAAACAACUGGACCUAAAGAGGCACUUGAAAGACCAUGCAACUGAGAGUGAUGAUGGCGAGCAACUUGAAGAUGGCAAACGUCCAAGGAACGUAAUCAGGUUUAACGAAGAAGAGGCUCAGCAAAUUGCAAAGAAACCACUGGCCAGAAAUGCAUCCACAUCUGAGCGAAUACUAGUCCAAAUGGUGAAUGAUAAGAACCGCGUCAGUGAGGUCUUAUCCAAGGAAGAUGAUAUCAAUAGGAGACCACUGUUUGCUAAUAAAUGCUCACAUUGUUCAAAGUCUUUCAAAAAACCCUGUGAUCUUGUUAGACAUGAAAGAACACAUACUGGGGAGAAGCCAUUUAAAUGCACAGAAUGCGACCGUUCUUUUGCUGUGAAGUCAACGCUAGUGUGUCACUUAAGAACCCAUAAAGGUGGUAAGCAGGAGACAUGCCACAUAUGUAAAACAACAUUUGCAACAGUCGGGAGCUUGAAGGUUCACAUGCGGCUACAUACUGGUGCCAAGCCAUUUAAAUGUCCACACUGUGAUGAACAAUUCAGGACAUCUGGUUCUCGAAAGCAACAUAUUGAAAAUCACUUCAAGCCAGCAACAGCAAGGAAACGUAAGGCUUCACAGAAAGUUGCCACUAACAAGGAGAAUUCAAUUGUGGAACAGGUUAUAGUUGAGACGACUCAUGCAGAAGUUGUACAGCAAGGAUCCGAGGAUAUUCAGGUUACCCACGUGCCAGUUCCAGUUGCUUCUGAUCAGCCUGUGUUGCAAACGAUCCCAGCACACCAACUUCAUAUAGGUAACCAGCCUCAGACCAUCGCAAUGAGCAAUGCAGAAAACGGGACUGAAAAUUCUGCAACUGUUUUGACUGGUUUAGAGUUACAGCUAACAGGAACAAACUUGGGUCAAAAUGUUCAAAUUCAAGGGUUGGAUGCAAAUAACAUUACUGUCCAAAUUGAUCCAACACUCCUUCAGCAAAUUCAGCAGCUGCAGCAGCACAAUGCCAUCACACUGCAGACUGGAGAUCUUAAUUUAGGACAGGCUAGUUUGCAACUUUCCCAGCCAGAUCUUUCAAGUCUAAUUGGUAACCAGGAAGUCAAUUUAUCUCAGAACAUACAUGGCACUAUUGACCCUCAAACUGGACUCCUUGUACAGAUGGAACCAUCAGCUCUACAGCAGGUUCCACAUAUGAUAAGGAUUGAUACUGGUGUAACUAAUCAACAGCAAACCAUCCAUGUUCAGACAACAUCUGCUCCAAACACCAGCCAUGAUCAAGCACAAGUAGUUGUCCAAAAUUCAGGUAUUCAGAACAUCAUCCCAUCCCUCCAGAACCAAUCCUUUAUUCCAAGUUCCUCAGGAAUGGCAACGCAAGUUGUGGCUCCCCCAAAUACAGUGGCCCCAUUCCUGCAAGGUUCUGAUGUUCAGAUGAAUAUUCCAGAUAGCCUUGCUCAGAACGUUUCUCAUGAUGAGCCGGUCAUGACCAAUAAACUGUACACUAUCCAUACAAGUGAAAGGGGUACACAUUUGGUGCAGACAGACACACCUACUUCACAGCCAGACAUGUCCAACCUUGGUCAGUCAUUCCAACUCUCGUUAUCAGGAGACCAGCUGUCAUUACAACCCAAUAUCCUUCUUCAACAACCAAACAUUCAGAACCCUGUAGAAUAUACACCAACAUCCAGCAUUGCUCAUUCCCAAGAUCAAAUAACAAUAUCAAGUGAGGGACUCGGAGAGUCAGACUCGACAGGGACAGUUACCGUGAACGUGGUUGAUUUUGCCAAUCUAGCGUCGCAUGAGAAUGUUGAAACAACUGCAACAACUUCAGAUGCUGUUCCUGUGCAAGAAGAGGAGGAAAGUGGAGAAGAGGAUGAUGAUGAUGAUGGAGAUGAUGAUGAAGAGGAGAUGGAAGAGGAUAGUGAAGAAGAGAUUUAUGUGACAGAAGGAAACAUUCAAAGUAAGGAGUCUUUGGUAGGAGGUCAUCAUGUAUUGAGAGAAAAGCCAACCAUGUCUGCCAAGGAUGCUGCAGCUGCUAUUGGAUCUCUCUAUCCUUGUUCAGUGGAUGGUUGCAAUGAGCUCUUCACUAAAAUGCAACAGCUCAGCCAACACCAACAGCAGAAGCACAAGUCCUUGCGGCCUCAUUCCUGUAAAGUCUGUGGCAAGUCUUUCAAACGUCCAGGUCACCUGAGAGAUCACAUGACUACUCAUGAUUCCGAACGGAAAAAGAAGAAGGAAGCCAAGAAGACGAGUAGCACCCAUGCAUGUAGCAGGUGUGGAAAGGAAUUUGGGAAGCCCAGUCAACUUGAAAGGCAUCUCAGAACACAUACAGGUGAGAAACCAUACUCGUGUCCUGAAUGUCACAAGUCCUUCAGUCAGAAGAAUUCACUUCAGAUUCACAUGAACGUCCACACCAGAGAGCGUCCUUUCAAAUGCCCAUAUUGUGAUCAGUCCUUUUCCCAAAAAGGUAAUCUAAAGACCCACCUUAUGAGAGCACACAAGCUCUCAACGGAUGCUGUUAUUCAGCUUGGUAAUGCUGUUAGUGGGACAACCAACCAAGAAGACCUAGAUAUAUUAAGACUCUUUUCGGCAUAGUAGAUGAGUCUCGUAGACGCUCAUCUCGUGGGAUGCCAACCGAAGAAGAUACAGAUAUAGAAAGAUUCUUCUCAGUAUAGUGUGAUGUCAUCGCAUCGACUUUCAGCCAGUGGGACACCAAACUAAGAAGACCUAGAUAUAUUUAUGACUCUUCUCAGCAUAGUGUGAUGUAGACACAUCUCAUGGACUCCCAUCCAGUUUGACAAAGUAACACCCAAGAAGAUCUAGAAAUAGAAAGACUCUUCUCAGCAUAGGAGACUCGUCUCCUAGACUCAAAGUGUUCUGUCUAAUAGUGCAGUAAAGUAUGUUCUUUUGGCUCAGGACUAAUAAAGAUUCUCCUCUGUUACACUGUAUUCUCAUAUCAUGGCUUUCCAUGAUAUACUUUUGACCAUGUAAUAACAUCUAAAGACUAUUAUCACUCAGACAAAUCCCACCAUCGUUCUACCCAUCCAUGUGGAGUAACUGGCAUCAGUUGUCAACAGAAUUUUAGAUCCACCCACACUACAUGAUCACACUGUAGGUUAUGAAAUAUAUGGCAUUUGGCAUGAAAUAUGAAAGUCUAAACAAGUAUCUUUUAGGCUUGAAAUGUAUACAGGAUUACUGAAAUUGAAAUUUAUGAAAGUCUAAACAAGUAAAAUAUCUUCUUUAAGGCUUGAAAUAUAUACGGGAUUACUGAAAUUGAAAUUUUGUUCGGGUGGAAACUUGUUUUGAUGGAUGGCAUUAAAAAAGAUUAAUCGCUCAGUUGCCAUGAUUUCUACAAGGAGGCUUGCAAUAACCAAUUUAUGUUUCCAAGUACAUGUUACUCUUCAUUCCUUUGCUCAGUAUGAUAUAGGUUGUCCACAGUUGGAAUGGAGGUGAUGAAGGGAUGGAAAUUGGUUGGCUCACGUACGUACAAUUAAAAACAAAAGACAUAAGGGUGCAAGUACAAGUAAAAAUUGGAGUCACUUUGACCAUACUCAGCAUAAUGGACUCGAUAGGAAUCCAUAUCAUGCUGAUGAUAUGUAAUGCAACCUGUGAGUUUCCAUGGAGUCUGAUCUGGUAACCGUUUCUAAGAAGUAUGCCAAUUGUGUGGCAGGCUUCAAACUAGAUUCAGAGAUAAUCACAUCUUAAAAACAUCCCUUUUUGAAAAUGUAAUUUGAAGGUCCACUGUAUGAAAUUCCGGGAAAGUAUUCAGAGUCUAGAUUUUUGUUUCUUGUGUAAUUUCAUGAAUCCUUCAUUGAUGAUUUUAAUCAAUAAAAUGAAUAGGCAUGUGAAAAUAGGGGUACAGAAAGGCAUACUUUGUAAAAAGUAAAAUUUGUUUAGGCAUGCAUUUAUGCUUUUACAGUAAUGUGUCUUGUAUUUCUUUUGCUUAUCAUUUUUGUCGGUUUUCAUGAAGUAUGAAGGAGUACACUAUGGACGGGGCAAACACUGAUAACGGGGCUCAGUAGCCAAUCAGAAUCAAGGAUUUCAUGGCAAUAAUGUAAGGAUAAUGGCAACAUUACCGUACUUAUGUACUCUAUGUAAUAGCCCCUGGUCUUUUUAUCUUUUGAGUUUGGAAUAAGAACAGAAAUCAUGUUUCAGUUUGAAUAAGGUUUUGACAGAAAUGGAGAAAAAUCACCCUAAUCAAUCUCACUGAACCACAAAAAAAAAUGUUUGAUAUAAAGACAAGUUCAACUUAAGAGAUGUCAUUUGCACAAGAUUUUCUUAAAUCGGACAAAAUGUUUGCUUUGACUUGGCGAUUGCAGACUUUCAGGAAAUUGACUCCCGAAUAUGUGACUGUAUUCCAUAUUAUGUGCAGUGUAGGUGCUCUUUCCACUUCCAUUUGGCGAUAUGUUUGAUAUUAUAAUGAUGUCUGCGGGAUGUUGGUUGUGCGCAUAAAUGCAUGUCUAAUGAUAAUAGUAAUGGUGACUAAAUGUCAUCAGUGGCAGUAACAAUGGAUAUUAAUUCUACAUCUUACCUAAAAUUCAAAUUUUCUUAAUUUUCCUCAAUUGAAUGAACUUUUUAACUUUGGCUGAAGACACCUUCCUUGAUUAAUUUGUGAAUGCAGAAUAAUUUUUUCUCAUGUUUGCGGAUGACUCCAUACAUCUUCUAAGGAUUAUUUAUUUAUUAUUAACAAGCUUGGCUUAUCUAGAUGAAGGGUCAUGUAAGUUAUUGCUGGUGCCAUAAUUAGAGCACAAAUUAGGUUUGAAAGAUAUAUUUGAAAUAAAGAAUUAUGUUUAAGUUUUUAAUA